AUGCAGACAGUGCAAAACUCGGCAUAUGAAGGUAGCGUUUUCUACCUAACAUACUGUAUCGCUAGGAUACUCAACAAAGUUUAUGGUGCAAAGUGCGAUGAAACACGUCCAGUCUGUCUCAAUUGCUCGACAACAGACCGCGAUUGUCUCUACCCCGAUAGAUUUAUCAGAUUUGGUGAUGCAAGAUCAGGAAGAGCAGACUCUGACGCAGUCGAGAGGUCGACCAGCCGAAGUUCCCCGGAGCGUAACGAAAUCUCGUUUCCUCCGCUGUCACCAAACCAGAUAGGCGAAGACACGAUAAACAUGGCCCACCUCGAACUAUUCAAUCACCUGGUCAAUGGAGACUGGGAGGGUUUUGGUAUCAGCAGAGCAACAUUCGUUCCGAUAGCGAUUCGCAACGCAGACACUGCUCCUUAUCUCAUGUAUGAAAUGUUAGCCUUGUCGGCGCAACAUCUGAGUCUGGUUUCCCCCGCACGAGAGGAGUAUUACAAAAAUCAAGCCAUGCGGUUACAGAACCGUUCCAUCACACUGUUCAAUGCCACGAUCGCUCGCGAAAAAGUCACGCCAGACAACUGUAUACAUUUCUUCCUAUUCUCGUCUGCCCUGGGGACGCAUCAUUUCUGCAAUGUUGUGCGGAAUUCGGAAGGGGAUUUUGGAACCUUUAUUACAUCUUUAGUCGACUCGCUAAAUUUGUAUCAAGGAUUACGAGCUGUAGUCGGGUCAGAGUGGCACAUUGUAUCUGAUUCGGAAUUGAAACCGGUACUGCAGGCUGGAAAGGAAGCACUCAUGAGUUUCCUUGAAGAUGGGAAUUACCAACCCAAAGAGAUCGAGUCGAAACGCCUGAUGCAACUUUUGGAGGAUCCCUUGGAUCAGCUAGAUUCAACAGCAGUCGAAGCAAACCAACACGCAAUAAAUGUAUUCGACUGCCUUUUGCAUUACCAUCGCAGGAACCAAAGAAACGAAAAUAGUCUCAGAGGCCUUUUUGGAUGGCCCGCAUUGGUGAAGAAAGAGUUCAAAGAUCAAUUGAUUCGCCUUAGCCCUAAGACACUGAUAAUACUUGCGCAUUACGCGGUUCUGUUGUAUUACCAGCGCCAAUUGUGGCUGCUAAGUGACGGCGGGGGGUUACUCAUUCGCUCUAUCUAUCAAAACAUAGAUAGCUAUUGGCUGGGAUGGUUACAAUGGCCCAAUAGAGAAAUAUCUAGCGAUAUCGAGAUGACUAACGAUAAAUAG